GUGCAUUAACAUAAUAUAUAAACACAAGGCUUCAUCGUGCUAUUUCAUUCUUGUGGCACAAGAAAGUGGCUAAGUAAUUUUGGGCUGAAAAAUAAUAUGGCAUUUUGUAACCAAAAAAGUUUCCAAAAUUGGAAACCAUUCAUAGCAGUAGUGCUCUUGCAAUUUGGAUAUGCUGGUAUGGAUAUUCUGUCCAAGUCUGCACUGAACAAAGGAAUGAGCUGUUAUGUACUAGUCGUUUAUCGCCACGCCGUUGCCUUCGUUGUCAUCGUUCCUUUUGCAGUGAUCUUAGAAAAGAAAGUAAGACCAAAGAUGACAUUGUCAAUCUUUUUGAAGCUAGUGGCUCUCAGUGUGCUAGAGCCUGUUAUUGAUCAAAAUUUAUAUUUUUUGGGAAUGAAGUAUACAACAGCUACUUUUGCAGUUGCCAUGUUCAAUGUCCUUCCUGCUAUUACCUUUGUCGUGGCUUGGAUUCUCAAAAUGGAGAAGAUAAAAAUGAGAAGUGUACAUAGUCAAGCAAAGAUUGUUGGGACAAUAGCCACUGUUGCAGGUGCCAUGGUUAUGACAUUAAUAAAAGGCCCAAUACUUAAUUUAUUUGGAAUACAUGAAAGCAGUGCUCAAAUCCAACAUAAUGGUGGGGUAAAUCUACAACAUGCAGUAAAGGGAUCAAUUAUGAUCACAAUUGGCUGUUUUAGUUGUGCUUGUUUCACAAUUCUCCAAGCUGUUACACUUGAAACCUAUCCAGCUGAGCUAUCACUUACAGCAUGGAUAUGUCUAUUGGGAACAGUUGAAGGUGGCAUAGUAGCUUUGAUUAUGGAAAGGGGUGAACCUUCUGUUUGGUCUUUGAGUUGGGAUACAAAACUCUUGGCUGCAGUUUAUAGUGGUAUAGUUUGUUCAGGAAUGGCCUAUUACAUCCAAGGAGUGGUGAUGAGAUACAGAGGUCCAGUAUUUGUAACAACUUUCAAUCCCCUUUGCAUGGUCAUCGUCGCUAUCAUGAGCCCCUUCAUUUUGGCCGAGAAAAUUUACCUUGGAAGGGUGAUCGGUGCCGUUGUGAUUAUUUUAGGACUAUAUUUAGUGGUAUGGGGUAAAAGCAAAGAUUAUGACAGACCAAGUCCAAUUAUUAAAGAUGAAAUAUUACCAGCUAAGCAAACUAUAGAGAACAACGACAAAGAGAAAUUUCAUAGCCAUGAGGUCAUCACUAGCAGCAACUUUGGUGCAAUAGCUCGAGAUGAACAAGUGUGAGGAAAUUAAUACUUCCCACUUUGAUUCAAUCAAUAGUCCAAAUGGCUCCAUUUAACAUCAACAACAAUUAUAUAUAGGUCUUUGUUUUUGGUUGUUUAAUCUUUUGAUUAUGAAUAUAAUAGUAGACAACAAAAACACCAUUUAAAAUACGUACUAAUGAUUUCAAAGGUUGGAGAUACAUAUAUUCCAACCAACUCCCAUAUUACUAUAUUAUUAUGAGUUAACUUUAUGACACCAUCGAA